CCUUUUUUCCAGAGAAGUAUUGCGUACACUAUGAGGAGUUCAUAGUGCUUUAGAAUUGUUAAGAUCUUUAUUAAGCACACCACUGAAGAUGAAGUCAAAAGACUUGGUUUUUAUCAUCAUAUUAGUCAUCUCAGAAGGACUCUGUGCAGAAGAGAAAACCUGUAAUCUUCCUAAUGUAGAAAAUGGAAGGAUUGCCCAAUAUUACUAUUCUUUUAAAAGUUAUUACUUUCCAAUGGGCAUAGACAAAAAAUUGCCAUUCUCCUGCUUGGCUGGUUAUACAACUGAAAGUGGGAAACAAGAAGAGCGAACCACAUGUACAAGAGAAGGCUGGUCUCCAGAACCAAGGUGUUACAAAAAAUGCACCAAGCCUGACCUGAGAAAUGGUCACACUUCUGAUGGAAAGUUAUUGUACAAAAUUCAAGAGAACAUGCAUUAUAGUUGUGCUUCGGGAUACAAAACCACAGGAGGGAAGGAUGAGGAAGUGGUUCAGUGUCUCUCCAGUGGAUGGUCUUCUCCACCAACCUGUAGAAAGGAACAUGAAACAUGUUUGGCUCCUGAAUUACAUCAUGGAAAUUAUUCCACAACACAGCAAACAUUCAAAGUAAAUGAUAAAGUGCAAUACAAAUGUGAUACUGGCUAUUACACAGCUGGAGGAAAGAAGACUGAGGAGGUAGAAUGUCACACAUAUGGAUGGUCUCUCACACCAAAAUGUACCAAAUUAAAGUGCUCUUCUUUAAGACUGAUGGAAAAUGGUUAUUUUCAUCCUAUAAAGCAAACCUAUGAAGAAGGAGAUGUAGUUCAGUUUUUUUGUCAUGAAAAUUAUUAUUUAAGUGGAUUUGAUUUAAUUCAGUGCUAUAAUUUUGGUUGGUAUCCAGAAUCUCCUAUAUGUGAAGGAAGAAGAAAUAGAUGUCCACCUCCACCUCUGCCUCUAAAUGCCAAAAUUCAAACUUAUCCAGCAACUUAUCGUCAUGGAGAAAUAGUUCAUAUAGCAUGUGAACUUAAUUUUGAGAUCAAGGGGUCAGAAGAAAUACGUUGUGAAAAUGGGAAAUGGACAGAACCCCCAAAAUGCAUUGAAGUAAAGGAGAAGAUAGCCUGUGAGGAGCCACCCCUCAUUGAGAAUGGUGCAGCAAAUCUACACUCUAAGAUUUAUUACGAAGGAGCUAAAGUGACAUAUGGAUGUGAAAGUGGCUAUCAUCUCCGUGGAUCAAAUGAGAUAACUUGUAAAAAUGGAAAAUGGACACUUCCCCCUGAGUGUGUUGAAAACCAUGAAAAUUGUAAGCCUCCACCUGAUGUAAUAAAUGGAGCUGUUGUUGGUGAAUUAUUGACAAGCUACACAGCAGGAUCCUCAGUGGAAUAUAGGUGCAAUGAAUAUUACUUACUGAGGGGAACAAAGAUAUCUCAUUGUGAACAAGGAAAGUGGUCAUCCCCACCUGUUUGCUUAGAGCCAUGUACUGUGAAUUUGGAUUACAUGAACAGAAAUAAUAUAGAGAUGAAAUGGAAAUAUGAAGGAAAAAUCCUACAUGGUGAUUUAAUAGAUUUUAUAUGUAAAUUGGGAUAUGACUUAACUCCAUCAACCCCACUUUCUGAGUUAUCUGUGCAAUGCAAUAGAGGAGAAGUGAAAUAUCCUCUAUGUGUUAGAAAAGAAUUUAAAGGAAUGUGUGCAUCCCCUCCAUUAAUUAAAAAUGGAGUCAUUAUUAGUUCAACAGAAGGCAACUAUGAAAAUGGUUCCUCAGUAGAAUACAGAUGUUUUGAGCACCAUUUCCUACAAGGAUCUAAGGAGGCGUAUUGUUUAGAUGGAUUGUGGACUACACCACCAUUGUGUUUAGAGCCUUGCUCUUUAUCUUUUGUUGAAAUGGAAAAGAAUAAUUUACUCCUGAAAUGGAAUUUUGACAAUAGACCACAUAUUUUCCAUGGAGAGCAUAUUGAGUUUCUUUGUAAGGGAGAUACUUAUAUACCUGGGUCAUCUGUUAUAGGAUCUGAACUUAGGGUACGAUGUGACAAGGGGCAAUUAAAAUAUCCAAGAUGUAUUCAAAGAGAAAGGACUGAGUCUUAUCAAGAACCCAUAAGGACAUAAAAUGAAUGGCAGAAAGAAGAAUAGCAUUUCAACAUAUCAUAAAAUCUUUUAUAAAUCACAAAAUUUAGAAGAAAAAUGUUGAAUUAAAAAUCCCUAAAUGUAUAUUUGCUCAAAGAUUUAAAUCUAAAUUGUUUAUGCUGAAAAUUUUUUUUAUUUAUGAAUAAAAGCCCCAAAGCAUUGUUUCA